AUGAAGUCACAGUACGGAGUAGAGAGAGCAAGAGUGGAAGUGCGGAGAGACGGCCCUUUGGGCAACAAACAAGGAAAAAAAAAAAAAAAAAAAAAAAAGGACGAAGCAGAAGACGAGGAAGAAAAAGCAAGCAGCCAGGCGAGCGAGCGAGACGGCGAUGAUGAUGAUGAUGAUGAUGGUGGUGGAAGUGAAGUGAAUGAAGAAUCAACCAGGACGGGCUCCUCCAAUAAAGACGGCUGGCCGGCGAUGACUUACAGCCCUUCCCGCCUGCAGAUAAUCAAAUCACAGCGCGCUACGCAGAGAAGAGCGAAAUCCGACCUGUCCAAGAGUCAAAGAGUUUGGGCUUUGAUACAAUUGACUUUUCACGGAUCCACGGGUGAGGGAGCAGGAGAAAAGGACGAGGCCAGAGGCUGGGACGGGAUCAGGGGCAAAGGCAGCGGCGGCCAGGGACAGGAACGGGACCUGAGACAUGGAGACGAGGAGACGAGGAGACGCAGGAGACGCAGAAAGAGACGACGAUGCUGGACGAUGGAGGUCGUUGGAGAUGCGUCUCCCGCGUACGACAGACUCUCCCCUCUCCGGCGUCAAGCGUCUUACCCAGGCGACGUUGGACAGGACGAAGACGAGGGACAGGAGACAGAGACGGGACAGCAAGGAGGGAGACAGCGUGGUACGAUGAUGCAGAGAGUGCAUCAGGAGCAGGGCAGAGAGAUGUCACCAGCAGCAGCAUCAUCCAGCAGCGUCCUCCCACGAUCUGCCCACGAGUUAUCCACGAGUAGGCAGGCCAUGGGCAAGCCAGAGACGAGACAAGCCUGA